UCCACUUUAUUGAGUGUGUGUGUGGAUUAUACUUUCUGAUAUAUGUGUGACAAUGGCGGCAUGUAUGCCAGCCACAUGGGCUUCAUGGCCAUUCAUGGACUUACGUGACGUAAGUGGCUCAUUCAUCUGCACCCUAUGUGGGUCAGUCACCCCUUACACACUAGCAGCUUCCUUGGUCAACCAACGGACAUCUAAACAGCGGCUCACCCUCGACUCUCUCCCACACUGGCUGGCUACGGCUGGCUGGCUGGCUGGCUGCCUAUGGGUGCUUCGGCAGCCCCACUGAUGGCUCGACUUCCCUAAAGACGUUGCUCCGGUAGAACUUCAGCUCUUCAAUGCUCUCGCGAAUGUCCUCCUGCACACACAGCACAACACAGCCACACAGACAGACAGACAGACGUGUACAGGCCUGUGGCACAUCUGGUGGUGGGUGCGUAGCAUAUGUACCAGUGCUCUGUGUCGGCCUUUCUUCAGAGGUGGAGUCAGGGCUGCUUAUUGACGGACAAACCAGCGAGCGACACACAGAGACCGGCCAUGGCAGCGCAGCGCACCGCACACGAACAUCAGAGCCCUCUGUGUGUACCUGCCUGCAUACCUGGGUACCACCUCCUGCAGAGCUCCUUCACCGUGCUCACGUCGACAAUCCUGCAGCAAAGCAAGACGCAAACAAAGAAACAGACGAACCGAACGAGCCAUGACAUACCCCUGCCUUGCAAGGUAAGCAUCCAGCCGGCCGGCUCGCUUGGUGCAUCUGUAUGUAUGUAUGUAUGUCUGUCGGUCCCUCCCUCACCCCCCCAGGUGACCUGUAGUGUAGGUAUCGUUCCAGCUUGGGCAUGUCCUUCACCAGGAACCUUCUGUCCACAUGCACACUGUUGCCCGCCUGCACACACACAAACCAACAGCAGCAAGCCACAGAGAGACCAGACAGACCAUUCAGCAGCCAGCCGCCGAUGCCCUCCCUCCCCAUCUGCCCACCGCACGCACCAGCGGCGCCUCUCUCUCCUGGGCGUGCUGUCGGAUGAAGGCAAGAAUCUGCUCCUCGGCGUCUGAAAGGCUCAUGGUCGACCUGCGCACUUUGUCAGUCAGACCUGCCAUGAGUGCCAUCCAUUCCAGCAACAGCAACAGCAGCAGCAUGGUGGUUGGUGCACUCCCUGGCUGUGCUGUGCUGUGCUUCGCCAAUCAAUUCACCUGACUCGCCAUGGUGCUUGGUGCACCACUCGUCCAUGGAGUCCAGGAGCGAGUCAGGGGCAUAAAUGACCAGAUCUGGCCCCUGUGACAUCGAACGAACGAACAAACAAACCCACACACAACGCGACGCACACAUUAAUUACAUCAGCCUCCUCGGCUCCUUGGUUGUUAGUCAUGCCAUCCAUGUACAGUGUGCACCUCGAUGACUCGUUCGAGCUGCCCAUCCGUCACCACAACAGCCGCCUCAAUUAUCAUGUCCUUCGCCGUAUCCAGGCCCGUCAUCUCGAGAUCUAUCCACACCAAGGGCGACUCCAGCCGCUCCGAAGAACCCUGGCCCGUGUUCAUCUGCAGGCCUUGAGAGGGUAUCGCUGUGCUGCUGCUGCUGCUGCUGCAGAGCAGCGUCCUGAGUUUGCUGAUCAGCUUGCCGGUGCGGCAGGCAACGGGAAUGAGUCGCGGGAAGGCCAGCACAACGGAGUGGCACAGGAUACAGAGGAAGAUGCUCAGAGGCAUAGAUCUGUCGACCUCCACC